UGACGCUUUGCCGCUCUUGAUUUUCGUCGACGUUGACUGCUGUCUCUUUGGUUGCGUUUAAACUCCAGUGUGAGAAAGUAUAUGAAGUAACUCAAUUGAAGACCAUCGUCGUUGUUAAAGUAGUCGGGACAACGAAAGAACGAACAACAUACGGACAACUCGCCGCGCGGUUUUUUUUUUUGUAGAACAACAGAACAACCAACGCAGCUAACAUUUUAACUAUUUGUCGAUUGUGUUUCUUCACGGUUUAUUUGUUUUUUUAGUGUUAUAUUGUGGUUAUUCGGAAAAUAUAAAUGAAUUCGUUAUGAAUUCCCGAUUUAACAAACGGAAGCGGAUAUGACAAUUCGGCAACUCGUCCAUUUUUCGGGGGUGUAGAGUGAAUGUUUUCUUUUGCGGAAGCAAUUAAUAUAUUUAUUUGUUUGUAAACAAUAAUUGGUAAAAGUUCUGAAAAGAAAGUGCAUCCAAGGCGACAAAAGAAAUAAAUAAUAAUUGCAAGUGGGCAUAGAACUAAAAUUCGAAAUUUGCUGAUACAGAAAUCUAAAGAAGUGAAAAAAAAUUGUUAUAGGCGAAAAUUGAUUUUUCCCUCUAGAGACACUGCGUGUUAAUGUGUGUGUGUGUGUGCCUGUGUCAUUUAACCGAAGAAGAAAAGGAAGAAAAGCAAUAUCAAAGGAAGUCCACUGCAAUAAAAAAGGAAUAACAAACAAAAAAAUAAACAUAUUUUCUCCUAUCCACUGAAGAACUCAAAAUAUUGGAUAUUUGGAUAGCUGUUGCUGAGAUGCAACGGAUGAAAACAGUGUUCUGAAGUGACCCCAGAAGUCGCCACAGAAGAGCCAAAGCCAUCCUAAUCAGCGUCACACAACAUGUCCGCGAUACUCUUCAGUCAAGACGAGCGUGAUUGUAACUUGGAUCACUUAAAAGUUCUGGGCGUUGCCAAUUCUAGUGGGGAUCUGAACCGUUUCCACCAUGAAGGCCUGGUAGCGGAUUCCUCAACGAAAUUAGAGAAUUCCUGCUCCACAGCCAUCUAUGAAGAUAUUCUGGGCAGUAAAAUGAAUGGCCUACAAAUUCAUGGCAUAGAGGUUGACAUGGACAAUGAGGACGGCGAUGUGUCCCUCUUAAAUCACAACAAUCCCCAGCACAACUACUGCGAUGGCAGUGACAGCGGUGUUGAAAUUGCCAGCAAUGUUAAUGUCACUCUACAGAGGGCUCUAAGCAGCCAAAGCGGCGGCUAUGCCAGCAGCCAGGGUGGCCUAGAUGAUCCGACGCCUGGUGUCAAUUUGUCUUGCAACUCGAGUAUGAUCAGUUGCAGCUCGGACGUUUGCGAUGUGAAAUCGGGCAAUAGUGUCAUGGUGGCCACCACGGCGACGACGACAGCGAUGAAUGGCUGCCGUUCCUCCUUAAAUAGUUAUGAGUGUUGCAGCGAGAAUGGCAGUGAGAGUAGUUCGGUGGCCGGUCCCACCAGCAUGACUGUGCGUCGCGUGCCAAAUCACAAUAAUGUUAAGAAAAAGGUGGCCAUGUUUGAACCCUCCAUGCAUGAGAGUCUGGCCACGAAGAGCAAUGGAAAAUCCUCUGCUAAGGAUACAUCGGCAAAGAGUCCGACUAAUGGGACAACCGCUCCCCAACCGUCUACAAAAUCACGUUUAAGUGGUCUGAAGAGGGCAGUCUCUUUGCCCAGGCCCAGUCAAGGCAGCCAUCACCAGCAAGUUAGAGAACGCCUGAACGAGAAGAUGCACGCCAACCCCAAAGCCUCAAACAGCUGCUUAACACCCUUCCGCCAACCUAGCAUACAAUCUCGUACUCCAACGCCAGCUUCGCAGAGGCCUCAGAAGCCCGACACAUUACCCAGCCAAUUGAGUCGCACCACCUCUAUGAGCAUGCAGCGGCUGAUACAGCGUACCCCCUCUUUAAGUCGGGCUCGUACCCCCAGCACGCCCGACGAUGGCCGUUGGCCUGGUGUGGGCUCCACACGAGCUAAUCAAAGUCGUAGAGGCCUCUCGGUUACACCAGAUCUGGGCUCUUUAAAAAUGCGUUCCAGCAUGAUGGCCAGUAUGGAAAUUAAGUCGAGUGCCUCCAGUCCCUAUGGCACAAUGCCAAGACGACGCAAGCAGAAAAGUGUUGAAGACUUGACAGGUCGCAAUUCGAGAAGCAGUUCAAUAAGCCGCGAAUCCCGUAUGACCUCCUCAGUUAUAAUGACCUCACGCAAGAGCCUUUCCACCACAUACGCCAUGAACUCGCAAAGCAGUACUCCCACCCAAAGCAAAUCAGUUGCCGCUUCCAUGUCCCUGACUAAGCAGUCAUCAUCGAACGCCUCUUCGAGCACCAGAAACAAAGUUCAGCCACCCGCGGUAUGCAAAACCAGGAUCUACCACGAAACUGGCUCCCAGACUGCCUUAACGAGUGCUGAUUUGGUAAAGGCCUUUGCCGGGGUUGCGCCCGCACCGCGACCCGUGGACAGUGUGGAGCAAAAGGAUGAAGAGAGCCAAACCGAUAUUAGAGAUCAGGAAUUGGAACGCCUUAGGGAUGAGGUACGUCACCUGGCUCAACGCGAACAGGAGCUAAUGGCCAAACUUAAGCGGGAACGUGAUGAGAAACUGGGCAUGCAAAGAGAGUUACACCUGAAUACGGAGAGGGUUAUGGGACUACUGAAUCUGGCACGAGUGGCAGGCAAUGGAAAAAUUCUAGACAUCAGCACUCCCACCUCCGACGAAGGAGAGAGCAACCAAGACAGCUUACUCAUGCUGGAAUCCCAAAUCCAGCUGAGUGGACAUGAGCUGCUGGAGCGCCAGCAAGAAGUUGGUCAUCUACGAAAAUUGUGUAGAUCGCUGCAAGCCGAAAUGGAAAGGUCCAUAAUGCAACAAGCAUGCUUGCUGCAAGAAAAAACAGCCCUGGAGCAGGAGUCAAAUGAACUGCAAGAUUUCUUGCAGCACGAGAAGGCUGCAAUGUGUGAUGCAUUGAAGGAUCUGGAAAAUGAAUACCAGCAAUGUCAACAACAGAUGGCCAAUAAAGAUGAGGAGAUCAAAGUGUUGCGUGAUGAGUGUCGUCAUUUAGUGCGUCUCAACGAACAGAGAAGGCAAGAGAACCGCAUGUUACAGACCAAAUAUACCGCCAUGGAGUCCAAAUCAAAGGAAUUGACCAUGCAGCAGAAUGCCUCGGUAUCUGGCGCCACUGCAGCCUUGUCCGGUCUGCAUGCUCGCCUGGAUAACCUAGUUGAGCAGUUGGUAUUUUCCUAUAAUAUCUCCGAGCAGGAUUUGGAGGAUAUUGGCUUCCAAGCCGAUGCCCAAGCAAACAUUAAUGCUAGCGGUGAAACAUCUUUGGAUUGCGAAUCCACAUCAUUGAAACUGACGCUCAAUGGUCAUGAUGUAAUGCCUCAUCCACAAUCUCUACAAUUUAACCCAGCUUCCAAUUCACAAUUCCAAUUGAAUUCGGCCAGUGAUGGUUCCUUGUCGCCCCAAAGGAAUCAAUCGUUCAUUGCAGCUGUUAUCAGUGCCAUACGCAACGCCACCACGCAUUCGGGCAAACGUUUGUUGGUGCGACACAACAAACGUCACAGUGCGGGAUCACAUCACAAUUUGAAUGGUCAUAACAAUAAUACCCAACAACAGCAUCAUCAACCAGUGCAGCAACAAUCACAUCACCAUCAACAACACGCACAUAGUGAACAACAUAAUGGAGAUGAUUCUGAUUCUACAGAAAUGUUGGAUUCCGAAACCGAACCCUGUCUCAUGAUGGACAAUGUCUUGGAGGAUGUUAACAUGCCCGAUUCACACUCUCAUAAUAUGGUUUCCUCAUGCACUGGUAUGAUCUCACAGAUCGAUAUACCUUCGGAAUUGAUGAACGUCAGCACCGGAGAUGAUUCUCUGCACAAUCUGUCCCAAGCCAUUGUCAACCGCCAGAAUGUGGAGUCACAAGUCGGUGCCCUGAAUAGCAACAAAAUGAAUUUGCCAAUCAAUGAUAGCAGUUGCAAUGAUGAGCUCAGUUGUCAUGAUUCCGUUGCCGAAAUGCCUUCUCUGGUCGAAUAUUCAGCCACUCAGGCUGUAGUAGAUCAGGUCAUCGAAGUGGAUACGCUAAUUACAAAGUUAUUGAAGGUCUUGCGUCUCAUACAAUUGGACAAUGACAAUUGCAUACAACAACUGAUUGUUGACAAAAACAAACUGCAACAGAAUAAGGAGGACAUGUUGGAGAAGAUCAAGGAUCUGCAGGAUGUCAAUGUUAAGCUGCAGGAUGAACUCAUGGAUGCCACCCAGGAAUUAAUGCUGAAGAACAAUGACUUGUCCAAUACCAAAGCCGAGAUUCAACGACAUCGCAAUGAAAUCGAUCGUUUAACCGAGGACAUCUGUAAUCUGAGCACACUGUGCAUCAACUACCGGAAGUUAUCGCCCUGCACGGAAAUGCCGCCGUUUCCGGCUUUAAAUCUGAACUUGAACAGCGAGGUUGUCGACAAUCACGAUGACAUAAGUGGCAUUUUGAACUUGUUAAAGAUGUGGCAGUCCGAUGGCCAAUUAAAGGAUACCCGCGUGCAACAGUACAUGAAGGGAAUUCUACAAAUAAAUGCCACAAUGAGUAAUCACUAUGACAACCACCCCAGUAAUGACAGCCUUAAUGAACGCGUGCGCAUCUAUGCCAACCAAUUGGAGAAUGUUUCCAAGGUAUUGGAUUCCAGUCCGCGCCAAUUAAUUAGUGAUAAUCCCGAGCUACAGCAACUGCGCAAGGAUCUCGAAGCAGUUAAAAUCAAUGCUAAUUGGACGCAGCUUUUGCCUGAAUUCGAUUCACAACAGCAGCCAGAGCGUCAGCUGCAGCAGCAACAACAAACCUCACAACAGCGUGAAGACAUAAAUGCCAAUUAAAAUUUAAACAUUGAAAUUAUUUUACAAAAUCAAAUAACAAAAAAACGUCCAAUGAAUUUAUUAGGAAAGCCAGAAGCGAUAAGACCCCUCCCCCUCCCUCCAACUCCUUCUUCAAAGAAACUCUACAAAAUUGACAGUAUUUUUAGCUUUUCAAAUUCCCCAAUCCCCCUCCCCAAGUAUCCCAAUCCAAAAUUAUAUGUGGACCCUCCUUGCCCUAAUGAGGGGACCCUAGAUAUAUGUAAAUAUUACAGAAUAUUUUAUUGAUAUUAGCUAAGUAUGAUGGAAUAAAGAAAUAUACUACCAAUUAA